GCUGCAGGAGAAGCCGAGGCUCAACUUGCCUUGAUGAACAGGGCUGGUGUCAUUGACACCAUAAUGACAGAUGACAGUGAUGUCUUUGUGUUCAGUGGGAAGACUGUCCUCCGAAACUCAACAUUCUCCGCGGACACGAUCAAGAUAUAUACUGCUGGUGCCAUUCAAGACCAAAUUGAUUAUUGUCUUACUGGUGAUGCUUUUAUUACCAUGGCUAUUUGCUGCGGUGGUGAUUAUGAUAAGGCAAGCUUUGAUCUUAAUGGUCUUCUAGGCUGCAGGUGUGAGAUAGCACUUGGCCUGGUUUGGUGCAUGGACAACAGUAUGCUGCACAGUGCUGCAUGCAGCAGCAAUCAGGACAGGGUCCUCGAUCAGUGGCGAAACAUUUCUCAAUACCACCUUUUGAGUGAUCCCACUGGAAGAAUGGGCCGAUCACAUCCAGCACUUUCUUGUUCACUCUCUGAAUCAUUCCCUAGUGUGGAUGUCAUCAACUUGUAUGCCUACCCUGCAGUCACCUCACUCGCCGAGCUAGCCAAAUUGCAACUGCCAGCUCCCCCUGACCUUGCUCAGCUCACAUCUGUAAUUCAGCAACUCCUGGGCUGGAGCUCAAAGAAGCUUCUUACUACCUUCCAUACUAAUAUCUGGCCUGUUGUCGUCCUACAUGAACUCCUGGAGGAUCUUGCUAACAAUUCGCCCAAGAGCAAUGAGGUCUGUGAUUGCUAUAACAUCUCAACACACUGA